GGGGUGUUUGUAGGGGGAAGAAAUUUGGCGUGACACAGCACACCACAACAGAAGAAGAAGAAAAAAAUUAAAAGAUGGCAUCGCCGGCAGUAAACGUGGUACGCGACAAACUAAAAAAGGGAAUACUAAAGACCAGGGAAAAAAAAUAACAAUAAUAGUCAACACUUUCUUAAUGGAAAUGACAAUAAUAUUAUAAUAAUGAUAAAUAAUACUAUCACACAUUAAUAUCUCUUAGCCUCUAAUGCGUGGCCAAGAGAUAUUAAUGCGUGGCACGCAUUGAAUGUCUCUGCUGCAUUGGAUCAGUCUCCUUUCUGCCUUGCAUCGUCUAUAUUAGAUAUAUAACAACGGGCGGGUGGCGGGCGGUUGCGGUUUUGAUAAAAUGUUAGUUCGGGUGGAUGGCGGGUGGAUGACGACUUUUGUGAUGUGGUUGCGGAUGAAAUAAUUGCCUACAGCCCAGCCCUUGGCCAAAUUGUUUUAAACCAAUGCGGCCCCCGAGUCAAAAAGUUUGGGGACCCCUGGUGUAGACAUAGCCUUAGAGAGGUAGGCAUUAUUCCGAGGUCUCAAGAAGGUAAGAAAUACAAGAAAGUGUGUGUGUGUGAGAAAGAGAGAGAGAGAGAGAGAGAGAGUGAGUGUGUGUUGAUGCCCGUGGAUGUGGUGGCACUCAUUCAUCCCAACCUCCGCCUCCACUCGAUUGGUCACGCCUUAGCUCAGCGGUGCAUAUGGGGGCAAAAUGGCUGCUUCCACCUCCCCGCAGACCCAAACAAUAGCCGAGAAGCUGUCUCCCGUCAGCUGCCGCGGGGAGUCCGAGGCUCUGCGGUCGCGGACCGGUGUCAAAGCAGCAGAAGAAGAAGAUGAAGAACGACCGCACCCGGCUAAUGAUGAGCCGAGUUCCAGCCCAAAGAAACCGCAUCUGCACAGCGUAGGCGAGGAUGGCCUCUCUCCACGGGAGGAAGCAGACACCAAAGCUCAUGACUUGAAGUGCGACUUGUGUGGAGCUCAGUUCCAGACCAGACGCGCCAUGUCCAGCCACGCCCGCUCUCACCAGCUGCAGGGGGCUUCAGAAAGCGGCGGUGCGCCCGUGGACCAAACUGCCAAGGAGUGCAAUGUUCACCGCCACAAAAGCUUGUCUCACCUGGAGUCACCCAAGAGCGCCUCUCUGCUGGACUCCCAGAAACGUGAUGACCUGGAUGGAGACUUCGACGUGAAACCGAUAUCCCUUUCCGUGUUGACCCGAGCAGUCAAAGUGGUGCCACCCUCCUGCGUCUCUACACCAUCUCCUGGUGCCUCUCCGGUUCUGGCUCAUUCCAGCUCCCCCUUGUCGCUACUGAGGAAAGCCCCCAUCUCCUCGUUACUGCCCGCGUCUUCCCCCUUGCGCUCCGCAGAGCACAAGGCUGCGGGGAUGAAAAGUUUGACCUCUAACUUCUCCGCCCCACCAUCUAAACCGAUCUGGGCCCCGCAAGAAAACGACGCUCCUCUCAACCUCACCCUGGAGGUGGAUCCCAAAAAGGACAUUGUCUGUCAGCUGUGCGGCGCCUGGUUUGAGACCCGGAAAGGCUUGUCCAGCCAUGCGAGGGCCCACCUGCGUCACUUCGGCGUGGAGUACUCCGAAUCCAAAGGCUCGCCGAUCGCACUCCUGAACCGGCUCAUCGACACCGACGAGUUCAAGCACAAAGCCGGCGAAUUUAAACUCGACACUGAAACACGAGGCGUCGCCGCAACGCUCUCCUCCCCAAAGAAGCCUCCUCUCAGACUGGCGUCCACCACUCCAUCCGUACUCUACAAGGUGACCACAGCUGGAGGCGGGUCCACUUCCAAAGCUACCUCUUCCUCGUCCUUCGGCCCGCCGGCCAAGCGUCUAAAAUCGUCUUCAAUGCAGGUCUUCCGCCUCAGCAGUGGUGAGAUCAUGGCCCUCCCACAAAGAGAUCCUCUAAAAGAAAUCGGCUGUGAAUUCUGUGGGGAGUAUUUCGAGAACCGGAAAGGAUUAUCCAGCCAUGCUCGUUCCCACCUGCGUCAAAUGGGCAUCACUGAGUGGUCCGUCAACGGUUCCCCCAUCGACACCCUGAGGGAGCUCAUCAAAAGACGGGGCUUGCCUUGCGCCCUUCCUCUAAAACCUCUGAAAAGCCCACCUCCGUCUUCUCCCGGUCCACCGCGUUCCCCACUGUCCACCCGCUCCUCGCCAUCGUCCCUCCUCAGCCGCCUGCCCUUCACCAGCUCCCCCAGUCCUCCUCAGUCUGCUGGGUUUAAGUCGGGCUCAACUCCGCCAACUGCCUCCGGGCUCAUCCUCAAGAUCAAGCCUGAGCCGGUGCAGCUGGAGGUCACGGCUCCUAAAGCUGGAGGCGGUGGCCGUCGCAGUUUUCCCACCGAUCGUGUCAGCCCUGGAUGGAGCGGUUCUGACAGUGGGCUGCCCCUCAACUUGGCCAUGUCUCGUGAAGUAGAGCCUACACGAGAUAUCCGCUGUGAGUUCUGCGGAGAGUACUUUGAGAACCGUAAAGGCCUCUCCAGCCACGCCCGGUCUCACCUGCGCCAGAUGGGCAUCACAGAGUGGACUGUCAACGGGUCGCCCAUUGACACGCUACGGGAGAUCAUCCACAAGCGAGGCUUGACUGUCUGCCCUCAGGGGGUGAAGAAGGAGCGUGCCAAAAGUCCCUCUUGGGGGAACCCGCCCAGAAGUUCCGAGGGUUUGUGCGUUUCUCCCUAUCAGUCCAAGUUUCGUAAGUCCCCUCUCAGCAUACUGUCAUCAGGGUCCAGGUUUCCUAAGCACGGCCUGGGCUCUCUGGGCUCCUCCAGUAUUCCCUCCUCGCCGAAGAUCGUCAGGAUAUCCCCACUAAACAAACAGCCGGAUGAAGCCCAGUCUGCGGAAAGUGCCCAGCAUCAGCGCAAGACUUUCUCACCUCUAUCGCCCGACUUCCCGAUGAAAAAAAAAACCUCCAUAGACAAACACAUCCGCAAGGAUCCCAGGUGUGAGCUGUGUGGCUUCUACUUCGAGAACCGUAAGGCCUUGGCGAGCCACGCGCGAGCCCACCUCAGGCAGUUCGGGGUGACUGAGUGGUGUGUGAACGGCUCCCCCAUCGAGACCCUGGGCGCGUGGAUUCGGAGCAGACCGCAGAAGGUGUUGGAAAUGCACCGUAGCUACAUGCAGGGCAACCGUCCCACCUCCAAAAGGAAGAGCAGCUCACCUCUCCCUGCGUCGACGGAUCCAGAUCAUCGCUUCCCCAUCUCGCCGCAGAAGGCCUCCUCAUCGUCGUCCACGUCCUCCCCCCAGUGGUCUUCUGCUUUGGCGGUCAACCUGGUGCGGCCGCUGAGCCGCGAGCUCGGCCAGGGUUCUUCAGAGACCACAGAAGAGGAAGCGGGCCCCGGCCUCAGGGCCACUCACGCCGGGCCCGUCAGCAGCAGUCCCAGCCCCUCGCGGCUCGGCACUGGCCUCCCACUUCAAGCACAGGUGGCUCGCAGCGAGCUCAACGUUCGUCUGCCCAGAGGGUUUGAGCGCCGCCCCCUGAAGCACCCGACUUGCGCCGAGGGAACAGAGGGAGACAGCGGCUCUCCGCAGCCCCCCCGCACAAGCACCGUCCCUGCUUUAGUGCCAAAGCCACCCACCUACCCACUGGUCAGGCUGGUGGGCAAGUUCUACACCCUAAAGUGCCGGUUCUGUGAGGUGGAGUUCCACGGUCCACUGUCUGUGCAAGAGGACUGGAUCCGACACCUCCAGCAACACAUCCUCAAGAUGAGCUACAACAAGCCCGCCGAACCCAAAGCGGCGUCAGCCGGAUCUGGCGAGCCUCCCCCAGUCCACCGGGCCCUGGCCUCGCGGCCCGCCCCCGGCACUUCCGCCGGGCCCCCCUCCGCCGCUCCGAACUCCCCUGCGGCACCAGCAGAACUUGCUCGGGAGAUAGUCCCAUCCCAUCCCAUCCCCCUCCCUGCCCAGGAGGAAACGUUGGUGCUGGUCAGGGUGUUGUUGACUGAAUGUGAGGGAAACCCGCAAAGGGUAAAUAGAUGCUGGAAUGGACCGGAUAGGACAGCUCUCGUCUGAGAGGACGGUGAAGGACCCAGGUAUUUAUCCAACUUUUUCCACCAAGUACCACCUCAGAACACGCUUGGCUAUCCAAGUGCCGCCAUAAUGACCGACACAGUAGCGUAGUAGGCCUAAGUAUUCAUUAAAAACAAGGGCAGAGGUUUUAUUUAACAUUUUGGGCAACAGUAACAUUACACACAGUUUGAACAGUAACACUGUGUUUGAAUAUUUGAUUAGGUGAUAGCGUACCGCUAGUAAUACGCAUACCAGAAUCACUACUUUCAAGAACCCAUAGCGUACAGACGACCCAAAUCUUCAAAUUCUGCAGGAAAAUAUCAACAUUCAGGAUAAAGAUGCUACCAAAACACAAAAAUAUUCACUUUUCCCACUUUUUGUUAUGUUGCAGCCUUAUUCCAAAAAGGAAUACAUUCAUUUUGUCCUCAAAAUUCUCCACACAAUACCCUGUAAUGACAAUGAUAAAUAAAUGAUAAAUGGGUUAUACUUGUAUAGCGCUUUUCUACCUUCAAGGUACUCAAAGCGCUUUGACAGUAUUUCCACAUUCACCCAUUCACACACACAUUCACACACUGAUGGCGGGAGCUGCCAUGCAAGGCGCUAACCAGCAGCCAUCAGGAGCAAGGGUGAAGUGUCUUGCCCAAGGACAAAACGGACGUGACUAGGAUGGUAGAAGGUGGGGAUUGAACCCCAGUAACCAGCAACCCUCCGAUUGCUGGCACGGCCACUCUACCAACUUCGCCACGCCGUCAAUGUGAAAACUUUUUUUUUUUUUUAAAUGUUUGCAAAAAAUGUUUUAAAUAAAAAAUGGAAAAAAAUCGCAUUUGUGCCAAGUUUGUGGCAUUGUGUUCAAAAAGACUUGAGGCUCUAAUUGGUUGAGAUUUGAACCCUGACCUAAUCUAAUCUCCUGGUAGUGGGGCCACCAUGCAGCCCUGAUUAAUAUAAAUAAAGAAAAACAAUGUAUAUUACGUGUAAAUAUAUAAUGUGUAAAUAUAUAAUAUGUAAAUAUAUCAAAUCUAAUAUAUAUAAUGUGUAAAUAUAUAAAAUAAAAUAUAUAUUAAAUGUAAAUAUAUGAAAUAAAAUAUAUAAGUAUAUAAAAUUAAAUAUAUAUUAUAUGUAAAUAUAUAAAAUAAAAAAUAUAUAUAAUAUAUAAAACAUAAGAUAUAUUAUAAAUAAAUAUACAAAAUAAAUGUUGUAUAUAUUUAUAAAAUAUAAACAAAAACAAUUACAAAAUUAAAGCUGCAAGCAGCGAUGGAUGGGGCCGACUUUAAGGGCUCAUAAAAUCCAAACCGGAGCAGUAAUUAAAACUCUUUCAUCAACUUUUAAUCAGAAGGGUUCAAUCUCUCCUGUGGUAAUUUGAAGCCGACACGACAAACGCGCUCAGAGGAGAUAAUGUUUGAAAAAAGGUGACUGUUUUUACUCAACUUUUGUUUUGAAGGGAGAAUUGCAAACUUCCUGUUGAUUUUUGCUGGGGGUUGUCAGUGUAUGAAAUCUAGGUCUAAGUGAGACCUACAUAGAGGUUUUUGUUUCAUGUCUCUACGACAUUCCUACUGGGAGUUAGAGGCAGUUUUGUCUGUGUUUUCUUCCUAGGGGGCGCUAGAACGCAAUUUUGAGUUUUGGGGUUUGGUUUUUUGAUUAGAUCGCAAUUUUCGCCAGUCCUAAUAUGUGUGUCCAAUUUGGUGAGUUUUGAAGCAUGUUAAGGGGGUCAAAUUACAGCUCAAAGAGGCGGCGGUAUAAUAAUAAAACGCUAGAAACAGUCCCAAAGGGACUCGGUCCCUAAUUAUGCUUCAACAAAGAAUUGAGGAAAGGCUUUGAAUACUUAUGUAAAUGUGAUUUUUUUGUGCGUGGUUUUUUUUGGUGCAACAUUUAAAAAAAUAAACUUUUCACAUUGUCAUUAUGGGGUAUUGUGUGUAGAAUUUUGAGGAUGAAAAGGAAUGUAUUCCUUUUUGGAAAAAGGGUGUUACAUAACAAAAUGCGGCAAAAGUGACGCACUGUGGUACAGAAUAUGGAAUUACCUCGGCCUGUUGUAGGCUGAUGCAAAAGCGAAAGUGAAAUCCCCCUCGUUAGUCUUCCAUUCCGUUGAAACGAGGGCCAUGGGGGCGCCCGAAAGCCAAACGUUGCCGUGUCGCACGAAUCUGUUGUCGUUUGGCAUCCCUGAAAAGUGACACCAUUGUCCGUCCCAUACCGUCCCUCUCAGACCAGAGCUGUCCUACCUGGUCUGUGCACAUGAAGGGAUGAAGCCUGCUCGGAUGCGUCUCUCAAGGUCACGUUCACAUUGCAGGACAUAAGACUCAAUUUGGAUUUGUUUGUUAAUUCCGAUCUUUUCAUGUUGACGUUCACAUGAGGUCAGCAGAUUGGGUCGGAGUUGGACAAAAAUGGGAAUUGUAGUCUUCAAACUGAUACGGCAAAAAGAAAAUGUGUGUGAAUGUGGGACUGUUAAGGUUAGAAGACGUUUGUUGAAGACCUUUCUACUAGAGAUGGCCGAUAUUAUCGGCCGAUAUAUGCGUUAAAAUGUAAUAUCGGAAAUCAUCGGUAUCGUUUUUUUUAUUAUCGUUAUCGUUUUUUUUAUUUUUUUUUUGUUUUUUUUUAUUAAAUCAACAUAAAAAACACAAGAUACACUUACAAUUAGUGCACCAACCCAAAAAACCUCCCUCCCCCAUUUACACUCAUUCACACAAAAGGGUUGUUUCUUUCUGUUAUUAGUAUUCUGGUUCCUACAUUAUAUAUCAAUAUAUAUCAAUACAGUCUGCAAGGGAUACAGUCCGUAAGCACACAUGAUUGUGCGUGCUGCUGGUCCACUUAUAGUACUAACCUUUAACAGUUAAUUUUACUAAUUUUAGUUUCUAUGUAACUGUUUUUAUAUUGUUGUACUUUCUUUUUUAUUCAAGAAAAUGUUUUUAAUUUAUUUAUCUUAUUUUACUAAUUUUUUUAAAAAGUACCUUAUCUUCACCAUACCUGGUUGUCCAAAUUAGGCAUAAUAAUGUGUUAAUUCCACGACUGUUGAUAUCGGUAUCGGUUGAUAUCGGUAUCGGUAAUUAAAGAGUUGGACAAUAUCGGAUAUCGGCAAAAAGCCAUUAUCGGACAUCCCUACUUUCUACCAUAUUCUGACAUAUAUGAAUAGUAGUGAUGGGUAAACGAUGCUUCAGUGAGCGUGUGGCACACUUACCACCCGCAUUGACACUGCACUGAUACUGUGUUGCUGUUUCAUCUUCCGCAUUUAAAAAAAAAAAACUCACAGGAAGAACGUUGACCAUAUUUGGUGCUAUAAGACCAAAAUGAUCCCACAUUUGGCCAUCAGAUGGAUAAUGGCGAUACCACAGUUUGACGUUUCGCAGUCAAUUGACGCAGCGGUUGUGUUGUUUUUCUUUUAUUUCUUAAAGUGGCACACACUUCGCUAUGGUUUGAGCCGUCACUCGUAAAGUCAACACUCUUUAGAGGGAAAGAAGCCUCCUGGGUGAAAGGUCUUCAACAAACACCAGUUCGUUGCCUCAAUUCAGCCUUUGCACGUUUUUUCGGACCCUCAUGACUUGGGUCUACUUUGUCAAGGGAUGUGAUGGGAUGGGAUCAAAGGAGAAACUUCCAGAAAAAGUUUGACGUGUGUGUGUGUGUGUGCGUGUGUGUGUGUGUGUGUGUGUGUGUGUGUGUGUGUGUGUGUGUGUGUGUGUGUGUGUGUGUGUGUGUGUGUGUGUGUGUGUGUGUGUGUGUGUGUGUGUGUGUGUGUGUGUGUGUGUGUGUGUGUGUGUGUGUGUGUGUGUGUGUGUGUGUGUGUGUGUGUGUGUGUGUGUGUGUGUGUGUGUGUGUGUGUGUGUGUGUGUGUGUGUGACAAAUGUCAUGAUGGAAGAAAAUAUGUUUAAGAGAAAAAAAAUGUACUGUAUACAAAGUUUUAGGUGAAUCAACUCCAGAACAAAACAAUAAAUGUGACUUCCGUUU